CUCUCCCUCCCACAUCAGCUUGUUCAAGGUUCAGAUGUUGAAUGGUGGAGGUGACUCGUCAAACACUGAUGACCUCAGUAGCAGUGGCAGCAGCACCCAGACAGCAUCCAGACCUCAAACUUUUCUCAGUCAGGUUUCCAUGGCGACAGCACCUCCUCCUCCUCCGCCUCCUCUUCAGCCGCCACGUGCGACAGUUAGCCAUGCAGCUCCUCCUUUCUCCUCCAACCCAUCCUUCACCCCCCCUCUGCUGGGCUCAUCUGCAGCAAGCGUUCGACCCCCGCAGCAGGCAGCACAUGCAGAGAUUCAGGACAAGGGCACAAAGAGAGCCUUCGUUCCGCCCAUGACACCUCAGCCGCUCUGCAUAAAAGGGUCAUCUGGAAUUUUGCGACCAGUGUCUGAAAUACCAGCUAAGUUCAGAUGCGUCUUCAACGAGUUCCCCUUUUUCAACUAUGUCCAGUCCAAAGCUUUAGAUGAUGUUCUUUACACAGGUAAGAACUUUGUGGCCUGUGCCCCCACUGGAUCUGGUAAAACAGUGCUGUUUGAGCUGGCCAUCAUUCGCCUGUUAAUGGAGACCUCAGAGCCUUGGGGAGAUGUCAAAGCUGUUUACAUGGCUCCCAUCAAAGCUCUCUGCAGUCAAUGCUUUGAGAGCUGGAAGAGGAAGUUUGGUCCUCUGGGGUUGCGGUGCAAGGAGCUGACAGGAGACACAGAGAUCGAUGACUUCUUUGAGAUUCAGGACUCCCACAUCAUCCUGACCACACCUGAAAAAUGGGACAGCAUGACAAGAAAAUGGAAGGAUAACUGUCUGCUACAGCUUGUGAGGCUUUUUCUUAUAGAUGAGGUGCAUGUGGUAAAGGAUGCUACCCGUGGUGCAACUCUGGAAGUGGUGGUGAGUCGGAUGAAGGCUGUGAAUGCCUAUAGAACAGCACAGAAUCCAGAGGGAGGUCUGUCUAUGAGGUUUAUAGCAGUAUCAGCCACCAUCCCAAACAUCUGUGAUAUCGCUGACUGGCUGUCUGAUGAGAGUGACCCAGCCACGUAUCUCAACAUGGAUGAGAGCCAUCGCCCAGUGAAGCUGAGGAAGGUGGUGCUGGGUUUUCCCUGUAAUCCAAACCAAACAGAGUUCAAGUUUGACUUGUCACUCAACUACAAGAUGGCCAACAUCAUACAGACAUACUCGGACCAGAAGCCUGCUUUAGUGUUUUGCUCCACACGGAAAGGAGCACAGCAGUCAGCUGCUGUUUUGGCCAAGGAUGCAAGGUUCAUGAUGAGCAUUGAGCAUAAACAAAGGUUGAUGAAAUAUGCAAAUUCUAUUUUGGAUUCUAAACUAAGAGAUCUGGUGCUGCUUGGAGUUGGUUACCACCAUGCUGGAGUUGACUUGUCAGACAGGAAGUUGAUAGAAGCGGCCUUCACUCAGGGAGACCUGCCAGUCCUGUUUACCACCAGGACUCUGGCCAUGGGAGUGAACCUUCCAGCUCAUCUGGUAGUAAUCAAGUCCACCAUGCAGUACAUUGCAGGUUCAUGUGAAGAGUACAGCGAGGCUGACCUGCUGCAGAUGAUCGGCCGAGCUGGAAGACCACAGUUUGACACAUCGGCCACAGCAGUAAUCAUGACCAAAAUCCAAACCAGAGACAAGUAUAUGGCACUGAUGAAUGGGAUGGAAAUCAUCGAGAGCAGCUUACACAGGCACUUGGUAGAGCACCUGAACGCUGAAAUUGCUCUCCAAACCAUCAGUGAUGUCAACAUGGCUCUGGACUGGAUUCGCUCCACAUUCCUCUACAUCAGAGCCCUAAAGAACCCCACACACUAUGGAUUCUCUGCUGAUUUGGACAGACGUGGGAUUGAAGCAAAACUGCAAGAACUGUGCCUGAAAAACCUCAACUCUCUGUCAUCUAUCAGUCUGAUUGAAAUGGAUGAGGAUAUCAAUAUCAGGCCUACAGAGGCUGGCAGGUUGAUGGCAAGGUACUGUGUCGCAUUUGACACCAUGAAACAGUUUAGCCACUUGUCUGGCACUGAGAACCUGUCUGAGCUGAUUCAGCUGGUGUCAAACAGCAAAGAAUGCAGCGAUAUUCAGCUGAGGGUAAAUGAGAAGAGGCUCUUGAACACCUUGAAUAGGGAUAAGAACCGGACAACCAUCAGGUUUCCUCUUGAGGGAAAGAUCAAAACCAGUGACAUGAAGGUGAACUGUUUGAUUCAGGCUCAGUUAGGCUCCAUCUCCAUUCAGGAGUUUGCAUUAACACAAGACACGUCAAAGAUCUUCAGGAAUGGAAUGCGCAUCGUCAAUUGCCUAACAGAGUUUCUGAGGCAGAGAUCCAAGAGGGGUUUCUCUGCCCUGCUCAACUCUCUGAUCCUAUCUAAGUGCUUCAGAGCUAAGCUUUGGGAAAACUCCCUCUACGUUUCUAAACAACUGGAGAAGAUAGGCCAAACCCUGUCGACUGCCAUGGUGAACGCCGGACUCACAACUUUCAGCAAAAUAGAGCAAACAAAUGCCAGAGAGAUUGAGCUGAUUCUAAAUAGACACCCACCAUUUGGAAACCAAAUCAGAGAAUCUGUCAUUCACCUCCCGAAGUAUGAAGUUACCUUAGAGCAGCUGCCGAGGUACAGCUGUACCACAGCAGAGGUUGUGGUGAAGGUGAACCUAAAAAACCAAGCACAGCUGCUGUCAAAGAGGACAGCUCCAAACCAGCACUACGUGACUCUCAUCAUUGGAGACUCCAACAACAACGUGGUCUUUCUGCAGAAACUCACGGACUUGCUGCUAAUGAAAUGCGGUACCUGGUCGAAGAAGAUUGAAGUGACCAAGGCCUCUAAGGGAGAGGAGAUCAGUGUCAACCUCAUCAGCUCAGAAUAUGUGGGCUUGGAUGUGCAGCAGAACUUCAACCUGUACUACUACACUGGAGCCAGGGGGUUUGAUGCUAAUAAUCCACCCAACAUUCAACCCUCUCCAUUAAAACCUCAGUCUAGAAACCAGGCUGAAUACAUCACAUCUGCUUCAGAACAAGAUUUGGGCAACAAAAGGCAAUGCAACCACUUCUGUAAGAGCAAGAACCUGUGUGGCCAUGACUGUUGUAAAGUAGGCGUAAGCAUGGCAAAGAAGCGAUCAGCAAACCAAGAAUUCACUUCAUAUCUGAAAGACCUGAGGAGCAGGUGUGACACACUCAUGGAAACUCCUGUUAAACGUCUCAAGAUGAAAAUGAAUGAGGAGUCUGUUCCUGUGAACAUGCAGGAGUUUGUUUACCAACCCAAAGAGAGGCUGCCUGUUCUUUCCUGGUAUGGAGGAGGUCACUGUGAAACUCCACUGAAACAUCGCACUGACAUUGUGGAUCUGACUGGAGAAAACACAGACCUGCCAGACGUUGUUGUUGUGGAUGACUUUAAUGAUUAUGACGCCAGCGUGGACAACGUACACAGGAUGGUCCACACCACUGCUGCAACUCAUUACCACCAAGUGUGGACAAACCCAGGAGUCAGUUUUGGUGUAAGUCUGACUCGUAAACCACAAACCACACAGAUCAAUACAUCAAGGGCAGAAAACUCAGAGAAGUCGACUGCAGGAAUAAACCAGGGACAAAUACCGACUGUCAACUUCAACCUUGGAAAUGAAUGGGACGACUGGGGCGACUUUGAUGACGACAACUUGGUGCAUGCCAGUGAGACGUUGUUGGCCGUCCAGUCUGUGGAGAACAACAUGCCAGGUUACGCUGCUUCACCAGCAUCAAGUAUAACCUCUGUUAUUGCACCGCUUAGGUCCAUUUCAGCAUCUGUAAAUAGGGAGAUCCAAAAACCAGGACCAUCAACCGUCCCAGACAAACCUCAGAACAGAAUCACACUGGAUUUAAAUAAAAAGAAACCGAGUAUUUUCAGUGAAGCGUUGACUGUUAAAACACAAGAAACUGCCCUGAGACAAAGUGAGACCCACUUUGUCCCACUCACCCAAAAGCUUGGUUUCUUCUCACAAAUGAAUGGCAUGGUCUCUACCAGCUCAUCCAACAACACAAGCACCAACAUUAAAGAAGAAGACAUUUUUAUUGGGAUCUUUGAUGGUAUAUUUUAAUAACAUCAGCAUGAAUAUGUCAUUCAACAGCAACAACUUAUGAAAAUGUUUUUGUUCUUAGUAGUAACAUUACUGUAACCUGAGCUUUGUAUCCAGUAACAGAAUGUUGUGGACUGGUUUAAAGUCCUGUUAAUUUAU